AUGCCGGCGCGUCUCGUCCGUCGCCGCCCGCUCGGGGAGCGUCUUCAAAGCUGGCUGAACCCAUGGGACCUUUGGCUGUGGAUAUCGGAGGAAAUUGAAGGAAAUGACUGGGAUCAGCUGGAGAAAGACUGGGGUCUACUGAUCGGAAUCACUCUGAACGUGGUGUUCCUAGUGGCUCGCGCAAAUGCCCGAUCAAGCGGCAGGAUCGCUAUAGACGAUGUUUUUGGGGAGGAUGAGGGCGUGCCCUGGCUCAGCUGGCUGGUAAGUUGCAUAUUCACUAACUUCUAUAUGUGGAGAUGCUUCAGUGAACUGACAGUACUUUUCAAGGCAUCGUCCGUGGUCACUAUCCUCUUUGGUUUUUCGCUCGUAAAUGCUUUCUACACGUUCUAUCGCAAACGACACUACCGCAUGUUCGAGACGCCCAUCGACAAAGCCCCGGCCAGCUCUUCUGCACACCGCGUGCGAGUAGACUCAAGUCCAAUGACCGCCUCCCCACUUCGAUAUUUGGCCAGCGUGAUUUCUUCUGAAUCCGCCCAGUCGCGAGCACACCCCGAUGCGGAGAGGGAUGUAUGGGAGGUCGCAAUGUGGGAUCCUCUGCCCAUGAGUAUUCGGCUGCUCUGCAUGUUCAGCCCGGGACAUGUCCUAGUUUACAUGCUGUUCUUGCCCACCCAACUUUCCGACCCUCGACCCAGUGUGACGAUCGUCACCACCAUAUUCUUGACAGCCCUCCUAUCCGGUCAGAUGUCUAUGCUCUCUUCCGCAUACAAACAGCAGGCGAAGGACUCGACCCUAGUGCACAAGGAGGUCCUGAAGGAGUACGACACCAAGUAUGUUCAUCCGCGCACUCAGCCAUUGAUGAGAGACGUUGGCACGCAGUUUGCAGGUGGAGAUGCGAGUCAGUCCAGUACAGAUGCGCAAAACAAAGUCGAUGUAUACACCCCGACAUUCAUCAUCAACAGGGGCUUCAAGACCAGUCCCAACCCGAAUUAUGUCAGUCACGUUGAUCCAGACGGACUCUCUCCCCGGCGCCCUACAGCGUCGGGUACCCCAAGCACUUCAAUAUUCCAAUCUCGCCCACCACUACAUACCCCCAUCGUGUCCCGUGAUGGAUCGCCCUUGGUACGCACAGCGGGAACGAGCAUGCGUCAGCCACAAUUUCGACCCCCUUCUACUAACACAGGUGAUGGUGGUAGCCUCGGGGUGUAUUCGCACGCUAAUUCUCCUUUGAGGAAAUCGGCUUCAACCGCGUUUGACCGCCGUCUACAAAGAGAUGGUGAUUUUUUCUACCGAGAGCAGGGCACAAGUCCUCUAAAGAAACCCUCUAGUCCACUCAAGAGAAUAAGUGUACCAGGGUCCAGUACUCCAUCUACGAGUGGAGUCAAUAGACCCAGUAACCUGGGCACCCGUCGAGAAACGGGCAGUGGUCGUUUCUAA